GAGAGUGGAGGUUGAUACUAUCUGUCUCUGCAUCUCAUUGCCUCUGCUGGUGAUUAGGAAUGAAUUCAAUGAAAAACUUGUAAUUCUUCCGUGAAGCAAAAAGAUGCAGCCCUUCACACUACACAAAUCCCAAAUCCCCCAAAUCUUCUCUCUAAUCCCCAACUCUCCAUUUCACCUCUCUGUUCCUACACAACUUUCUACUGGGUCGGGUUCUCUCACCUUCUCAAGGAACAUCUCCUCGCUAUCUUUCUCCAUCUCUGCUUCUCUUUCUUCCUUCUCUCAUUCCUCCCAACAAGAAACAAAUCAAGUAGAAGACGAUGAGCUCGUUAUCGGCGACUGUGUUGUCUUUGAAGAGGGUGUCUUCGAAGACCCUUAUCUUCAAGACAACUUCCAUGGAAAUAAACCCAAUAAGAAGAAAUCGAAGCCCGUAGUGGAGGAGAACUUGGUCCCGGAUAAUUGGAAGGAAUUGCAAGCUGAGAUUAAUUUGACGAAGAAGGAGAAGCGUAAGAUUGCUCAGGAAUUAGAGUACGGGAGACGUGUUGAGAAGAAGAAGCCAGUUGUCGAUUUCAGGGAUACCGUGAAGUUCUUGACGUAUCGGUCGGCUAAGUUGGCGCAGUUGAAGCCUGUGGUGCUUGAUAAUCCUACUUAUCCUUUGAAAGAAGAGGAGGUGGUGGAUGAAGAUAAAAAUGUUUCUGAAGUGGGUUCUUCUUCUAGUGGCAGAGUGCCAUCUAGAAACCCUAGGAAAGCAGUUUAUGGAGGUACAUUGGAAGACAUAUCAGACUUCUUUAAUAGCCCGAAGUAUCAGCCUGGAGAGGACUCUGGCAAAAAAUCUGAAGGUCGUCGUAAGUUGUUCACUAAGGAGGAAAAGGUUCUCCUAAAUAAGCGCAUACCGAAUCUGGCAGAUGCAACCUGUGGGAAAUGGCUGCCUCUUCACACACUUACUGCAUCUGGAGAGUUCUACCUUGUGGAUUCCUUGCUGAAGCACAAUGUUGAUAUCAAUGCUGCUGAUAAGGAUGGUUUGACUGCACUUCAUAGAGCAAUAAUUUGCAAGAAGCAGGCAAUUAUGAACUACCUUUUGAGAGAAAAUGCAAAUCCUUUCGUCCGUGAUAAAGAAGGGGCCACCUUGAUGCAUUAUGCUGUCCAAACUGCAUCAAGUCACGCAAUUAAAAUUCUUCUGUUGUAUAAUGUUGAUAUUAACCUUCCAGAUGAUAAUGGAUGGACACCAUUACAUCUUGCCGUUCAGACCCGAAGAACAGAUACAGUGAGGCUCUUGUUGAUUAAAGGAGCUAAUAAGACGUUAAAAAAUCGGGAUUGCUUAGCCCCACUUGAACUCUGUCUCUAUUCUGGUAAGGACACAAGAACUUACGAACUAAUCAAGUUGUUAAAGCAACUACCCAAGUCACAAUGACUGCAAUUGUAUUCUUUAGUUUUGCAUUUCUGCUGUAAAGUUUAUGUAACUUCUUACAUAGUUGCACAGUAAAGGGUAGAGUUAUGGUUGUA